AUGUCCGACCCGCAAUUGUCCCCGCCCAAGGAGGGCGCCACUGCCGCCGCCACUGCCGCCGCCAAGAGCACCUCCAGGAGGCCGUCGCUGCUUCUGAUCGUCGGCGGUCUCGUAACGUUUGUGGUAGUGGCUUUGGCCCUGGGCCUCGGCCUCGGCUUGGGUCUCACGCACCGCGGCGGCUCUUCAGCGUCCUCGCUUCUCCCACCCGCGUCGUCUUCGUCUCCCCUGCCCGGGUCCGGCGCUGCUCCCAAUGCGAGCCUCGAGGACUGGCGGCUGGAUCCCAGCCACUAUGUCCUGGACAUGGCCUGGGACAUCAACGCGCCGCCGACGACGAGACACUAUGACUUUGUCAUCACGGAGGGCCGCGGUUGGCCCGAUGGGGUGGUCCGCGACAUGCUCUUCAUCAAUGGCAAGUUCCCGGGGCCGCUGAUCGAGGCGAACAUGGGCGACCGCCUCGUCAUCAACGUCACCAACAAGCUGACUGCCAACGCCACCACCAUCCACUGGCACGGCCUCUACCAGAACGGCACCAACUGGUUCGACGGCACCACCGGCAUUACGCAGUGCGGCAUCCCGCCCGGCCAGUCGCUCGUGUACAACUUCACGCUCGAGCAGUUCGGCACCUAUUGGUACCAUUCGCACUACAGUACCCAGUAUCUAGAUGGUAUCCUGGGGCCGCUCAUCAUCCACGCCCCGGCCGAGGCCGACGCGCGGAAGCUGUACGACAGCGACCGCGUUGUUCUCAUCCAGGACUGGUAUCACGAUGUCAGCCAGGUCAAUCUCGAGACCUAUCUGGCCCCGGACAACGAGAACACGGAGCCCAUUCCGGACAACGGCCUGAUCAACGGCAUCGGAUACUUCAACUGCUCUUCCUAUGACGCGGACUCCGGGUACACCUGCUACGACAACAGCACGUACUCCGUCUUGUCGCUGGAGCCGAAUACCCGCACUCGGCUGCGCUUCAUCAACACGGGCGCCUUCACCGAGUUUGACGUCAGCGUCGACAACCACACGCUGUCCGUGAUCGAAGCCGACGCUACGCUUGUCAAACCGGUUACUGUGCACAGGUUCCCCAUUCACGUUGCUCAACGGUACAGCGUGGUCGUGGAAACCAACCAGUCGACGUCCACCAACUACUGGCUGCGCGGCGCCAUGAUCACUAGCUGCUUCACCGGCAACAACCCGGUGCUCGACACGACAACGAAAGCCGUCAUCUCCUACUCGGGCAACAGCACCGUCGUGCCCAGCGAAGACGCCUCGGUCGACUGGACCGACGCCAUCCCGAUCCACUGCAUCGACCUGGACGCCAGCACCCUGGUGCCGACCAUACCGGACCCGCCGCCGGCGGCAACCAAGAUGUGGCGCCUCGACUUCAGCUUCGGCAUCGGCGCCUACCAGCUCGACCGGGCCAAGUUCAACGGCACCUCGUGGUCGGUGCUGGACAACACGACCACGCUCAUCCAGGCCGUCGACGGCCUAGCCGCCGGGCAGGCUCAGGGGUCAUCAUCGUCAUCAUCAUCGUCAUCCGCCAGCAAGUGGGCGGUCGACGGCCCGGUCAGCGCCUUCGGCUCGAACCAGUUCGUCGUCGGGCUGAGCGCCAACGGCUCGAUCGACGUCGUCGACAUCCUGCUCUACAGCCUGGACGAAGGCUCGCACCCGUUCCAUCUGCACGGCCACACCUUCUGGAUCCUCCAAACCGGCGCCGGCCCCUUCAACUGGACGGCCUACCAGACCACGCUGUACCCCUCGGGCGGCGCCGCCUCGCCGCUGACCGCCAACGCCCUGCGCCGCGACACAUUCACGCUGCAGCCCUACUCCUGGACGCUGCUCCGCUUCGUCGCCGACAACGCCGGCCUGUGGGCCUUCCACUGCCACAUCGCCUGGCACCUCGAGGCCGGGCUCAUGAUGCAGUUCCUCAGCCGGCCGGACGUGCUGGCUAGGACGGCGGUGCCGGAUGAUGUGCGGGGGCUGUGCACGGCGGCGGGGGGGAAGUAG